AUGGAGGGGGAGGCCGUCAUCCUCCACUUCCCCAUCCUGAUGUCCAUCAUCGCCUACCGGAAAAUGGCCGCUCAGACGGCCAUGUUUCUCAUCAGCAAGAGGAACGGGACGGAGGAGGAGGAGACUUUCCGGGGGGGGGGACGCGUCCAGCAGCGGGAGAAACAGCUGUGGCUCCUCCCGGCCCAGACCUCCGACUCCGGGGAAUACACCUGCACCUACAGGAAGCUGGUGGUGAACUGGCCGGUCAGCGUUGGGGAGGAGGUGUCCUUCACCUGUCCGCACCUGGGCUGCUUCAACGCCAGCGCGGCGCCCGUGGACUGGUUUAAGGACUCGGCGGGCGCCGCCCUGCCGCUGGGCGGGGGGGGUGGCGCCCCCUACGGGGACGGGGGGGCCCUGGUCAUCCCGGCGGCCCGCCCCCCCCACGCCGGCCUCUACACCUGCAGGCUCACCGUGAUGGUGGACGGGCGGCCGUACCGGGUCAGCCGCGCCUACAUGCUCCACGUGGAAGGAGCAGAUCCUGAAAUCACAACCACAACUGGCCACCCCGGAGCCCCCAGGACGACCGACCCAGGCCUGGUCAGCAGGACCUUCAGCACUACGACAGUUCCGGUGAACCGGCCGCCUGUGAUCGUCUCCCCUCUGAACGGCACCGUUUUUGAAAGUUCACACGGCUCAGGAGUGGAGCUGUCCUGUCGGGUGCUCACCGAGUGUCCGGUGGCCGACUCCACUGUGGUCAGGUGGCUGGUCAACGGCCAAUCGGUGGAGUCCUCCCCCCUCGACAAGCGGGCCCUGGAGGGCGGGAGAAGGGUAACCAGCGGGGCGGAGGGAUGCUGGAUCGAGCUCCGGCUGGCCGUGGUGGAGAUAACGGGCGGGGACGAGCGGGCGGAGGUCAGCUGCUCGGCCCGGAACGGCGCCGGGACGCGGGAGGUUUUCGUCCGGCUGCAGCUGGAAGACGCCACCCUGACGUGGAUGGCGGUGGCCGCCGUGGCGGGGUGCUGCCUGGUGGGCGUGGUCUCCAUCUUCCUCUGCGUCCUCUUCGGGCCCAGGAGGAAAACCAAGAUGGAUUACUUCCUGGCCCGGCAGAACAGCUCCGUCUCCUUCUAGCUCCUUGUGUUUACACACUCCUACAAAACAAACAAAAAAAAGCAUUUCCUGUUACAUCAACUCCUCCUCGGACAGACUAUGAAUGUUUUGAAUGUUUCCAGCGUUUUGAAUAUUGUGUGUGCGGCAGUGGCUCCUAGUUCUGAGCAUAGAUAGAUAGAUAGAUAGAUAGAUAGAUAGAUAGAUAGAUAGAUA